AUGGUUUCCCGUCACACCCGUAUUAUCUCCCUACUCCUCCUGCUGGCCAUCCAUGCCGUAGGAGUUGUUUCGGCCUGGGGCUUCGGCUCGAGUGGCAGUGACUACGACCCAAAAGUACACGCCACUAUGCGUACAAAAGCAGAGUAUGAUCAAUUAGCCGCUCUUACUGGUCAAAAAAAAAUCUUCUCGAGGGGAAAUAAAGAUCUUUCACACGAUAGUCGCUUUCGUGAUAAAGCUUUCGAGCAUGCUAGGGCGCAUGGGGCCAAGCUUGUUGGUAGCGAUGCCCAGGAACUCUACUUUUAUAGCAUCAUCCAACCCGACACCAAGCUGGGCAAGGCCAUGCACCUCAAACGAAAAGUUGGCAAUCACGGAUACGUCAGCGUCCUAUGGGAAUACAACAAGAACUGGGACAAACCCAGUAUCUUUGCUGUCACAAGGGUCAAACCCUUAGAUAAAGUUGAAAAUCCCCCCUUCAAGUGGCCGAUGGAGCCUUACGAAAAAAUACUGCAGAGUUUUCCUAAAUUAUCUGACCUCGGAAAGGACAUCACUGCAACUCUCUAG